GAUUUUCUAUCGUGUUUGCAUAAAGAAAUAAAACAAAAAUGCGGGUUGUUUUAUUCAGUAUGCAAUAGUCUACGAAAGGACGACAGGAAACAGUGUUAGCGCAUGACAUUGGUACAUUUCUUCUUGGCGUUAAACAGAGAUAAUUUGACGAUCUUUUCAUUAUUCGCAGUUAAGGUAAGAUUUCCGAAAGCCUAUAUAGGGUCAGAUUAGAAGCAAUUUUACGGACAACUUGGAGAAGCGACCAAAAUAACGCACUGCAUGCUGUAAAUACACCCUUGCGAGGAACAAAGUCCCUACCGGGAACCAUCGUAACUGAAUGGCGUCGAGUGACCGUAAUGCCGAACACCUUCCCCUGACACCGAGAGCUGUUGAAAACCACACCGAAGAAGCACAAGCAUCAUCAGACAGCUUGUACGAGAAUGAUAACUACCACAGUUUGUCCCCCGAGCAAGAGGCGCACUAUCACCGCGCCGUGCUAUUCCUCGCCUGGUUCUCCGUAUUCGCUCUAUUGGUCCUCUCUAUAACCAGUUUUGUUAUAUCUCAAUCUUCAAGCAGUGUCGCCUUGUUUGGCUUUGGGUUGGACGCAUUGUUAGACGUGGGUACAUCGCUGGUAGUUGUUUGGAGGUUUUAUGGUUCCAGCCAGACGGUGUAUUCAAGAGAAAGAGAACGAAUUGCCUUGUUAGUGUUGGCAGUUCUCUUCAUCGCCGCUUCCUUGUUGGUUGGCAUCAGGUCUUUAGUUUUUGUCAUCAAAGGGAGCACCGUGGAAGAGAUACUGGCUCUGUACAUCGUGUCGACCAUUGCAGUUGUAAUAAGUCUUAUGCUUUUCUUGGGUAAAAUGCACGUGGGAUACAAGCUGAGGAGUAAAACUGUCAUUAGUGACGGUUACAGUUCUCUUGCCUGUGGAAUAGGAUCACUAGGAGUGAUAAUUAGCGCCUGCAUACAUUCCAAAAAUAGUAACAUAUACUAUUUGGAUGACGUCGUCGGCUUCACCAUGGCUGCACUACUGUUGGGAUAUGGAAUCAGCUUACUGAUGAGUAAUUGGCAGAAAAAAGAAAGCGACAUUUGAACGCCGCAGUGAAACGUCACAGACAACAAGAACAGUUGGAGUACCCAGGGAGUACACAAUCAUGAUGGUUAAAGUGCAAGAGUCGCCACAGCUUGGACUUAAUAUUAAUCUUUUUACUGUUCAUACUGGAUGAUAUAGGUUUUCUCAUCUAUGUUAUUAUUUAUAUUACACAAAUUCUAUAUUAGCUUUGAGUAGUGAUGGCAAGCUCAUCACACUGAAGCGUGCUCAGGUUGUAGAAAUUAAAAAUUUCACAAAUAUACACCUCAAAACGCUAAACCCUUCAAAUUAAUGAUAAUUUCUGUAAAGUAAUAAUUUCCGUGACAGUAUACUCUGUGAAUUAUAUGCGUCACCUUUUUCUUUAUUAGAAUCCCCAUUUAUUACCGAUUCAUGCAUCUUAACCCUAAAAUGGCCAUGGUAUUCCGGUUCUUCUCAGGGGCAUGCUUCGGCCCAUUUUAUUGAAAUUCGGCAUGGUUUGUUAAUUGACCAAUAUAUAGGCCACAACAAGAGGGCGCUCUACUUUGGGCUUCACAGUUAUUUUAACACAUUUCACAAAAAUUCCCUAUAACGAUACUUUUAUUUCGUCAUCGAACAUUGUCGAGGCCUACCACCAAUGGUAAAAGUUCACUCGUGAAAAAAAGGAACUCGUAAAAAAAGGGGCGCUCGCGAAAAGGACGCUCGCCCUCAUGAGGUGUCUCGCACUAUAAACAAACAUUUAAACAAAAAACAACUGUCGACCCAACCCAGAAAAUGUCAAUAUAUAUAAGUAAUAACAAAUAUCUAUUGCAAUGCAGGCCUACUGAUUCAUCUGUUGAGUGUAAUUUGACCUGUGAUAAAAAUCUGUUUCCCUUUUUCUGAGAGUAUCAUGGAUGAAAAUAUUUGAUUUAAGGUAAUAUAAUACAUUUUUUUAUUGAAAGAGUAAGAUUACUUUUGUUGCAGGAAAGCAAAGAUUAAAAUCCAGACUGAUCACAAUCAGCCACUGCAUUCA